UUUUUGUCCCAUUAAAUUAAUUCAUUACUCUUUUAAGACACUCUGUAAAGAACAAUGAUAAAUAUUGGGGAAAAGCCGUCAAAUAUAAAAUAACAUGAAUUAGGCAACCUUUUGAAUACGUUAAAGCUUAUUUAUCAUACUGUUUGAUUUUGCUGUACGGGAUAUACUUUUCGUCUUUCACUUACGUAUAAAAAUUGAUCAUGUAGUAACCCAAGCAGUUACAGAGCCACUUAGAACAUGGAUGCAGCUGAUUCCCUCAUGAAAGAAGUGAAACCUGCAGAGGAGGAUCUGAGGACGAGACCAGCUUCAAAAUACGAAUUAGUAAAUGAGUGCCAGAACUUUCUGCAAGCUGAAUUUGGCGGUGGAGAUGCUCCACAUACAACUCAGAAUAUGGCUCCUGUAACAGAAGAAAAACCUAAAUUUGCUACAUCAACUCCAGAUCAAAAGAAGGAGAGCCCUUCAGAUAAUCAAAUAGCAGAUUCCAAUCCAGAAUGUGAUAUUGAAGGAGUUCCUGACUUGCCUUUAGAUGAGGGUAUGCCAAGCAUGGUAACCGUGUUAGACGCUCCAGAUGGGGGUAAGGUGUACUUAGUUGGCACUGCUCAUUUCAGUUUGCAGUCACAAGAAGAUGUUUCUAGAGUAAUUCAAGAAGUGAAUCCGCACAUAGUUAUGGUCGAGCUUUGUGAACAGAGGACUAAUAUAUUACUAUUAGAUGAAGAAAUUAUACUUAGGGAGGCCAAAAAUAUCAACAUUAAGAAGAUUAGGGCAACUAUGGCUCAGAAUGGAGUUUUCAAUGGACUCAUGUACAUUUUACUGCUCAACAUGUCGGCACAUAUCACCAGAGAGUUAGGAAUGGCGCCAGGGGGCGAAUUCCGACGCGCCUUGGCCGAGGCGAAAAAGAUUCCCAACUGCAUAGUUCAACUUGGCGACAGAGCGAUAGACAUCACUCUGCAUAGAGCCAUCGCUUCACUGUCAUGGGGACAGACAAUUCGGUUUAUUUGGCAUCUGCUUACCUCCAACCAGUCCAUUAGUUUGGAAGAAGUUGAGAAAUGCAAACAAAAGAAAAUGCUAGAGGACAUGUUAGAAGAGAUGGCAGAAGAAUUUCCGGCUCUAAAGCGAGUGUUCGUGGUCGAGCGCGAUAUGUACCUUUGCCAUUCGCUCCAGGUCGCCGCGUUGCAACCUCGUAGAGAACCAUGCCGCAUCGUAGGCGUCGUGGGGAUUGGCCACGUGGCCGGCAUUGUCGAACACUGGGGCAAAAUCAAGCCGCAAGACAUUCCGCCAUUGCUCAAGGUGCCCCCUCCAUCGCUGUCGACGCGUAUAAUCCGCGUUUCGGUGCGUGUGGCGUGCGUGGGCGCACUAAUGUACGCGGGAUACAAGCUCGUGCCGCGCCGCUGGCUGCCCUGAUGAGUCCCGAGCCUGCGAUCUUGUUACAUUUUGGAUGCCUUUUGAACAUUAAUUGAAGACACUGAAGAUGUUUGCAUUGAAGACUUAUAGACCUCGCAAUGAGUGAAUGACAUAUUGAAUGAAUUUAAUUUAAUCCCUUCUUACAUUUUUCUUCCCACACGCUUUUUGUUUCUUGCAUUUUGUAUCGUACCAAACAUUUUCAAUUCACUAUGGUACCAUAACUACCUAUGUCAGAGUAGCUAUUGACUAUUGCCCCUAUUAGCAAACUAUAAUGUGCAAAGAUGUUUUGAACUUUUACCUUUACGUUUUAGAUUUAAUUAAUUAAUUCAAGGAAAUUCAGUUUCAUGUAUAUUUUUAACACUAGGAAUGCCUGCAAUUGUAAUAUAGAACUUUUUCUAGUUUCUAGAAAUUCAUAGUAGUUGCAACUAAAAAUCUAUGUUUUUUUUAUACAUAGUUUGAACUAUCUCUGUACAUAAUAUAGUUUGCGGGCAGAUUAUGGCUUUCUUUUUGUAUUGUGCAUAACACUUCUAUUACUACAACGGUUAUGACAAGUUUAUAAACAGUGUUGUUCUUUAUAGAUCAGUCGUAAAGAUUAUCCAUUAAUAGCAGAAAUGAAACUUUUUAUGUUCUUGUCAAAUGCGUUUUAGUAAAACGAAUAGGUGGUUGGAUAAAAAACCCUAUUUUUUAAGGUUACUAUUCUAUUACUUUAUAAGGAAGUAAAUAUUUUUUUCCCCAAUAUAGGCUCUGAAAUAAGUUUGCUUUUAUUCCGUGGCAUACGACGAAGCCAUUUUUUAUCUUCCACAAAAGAGAGAGGAUCUCUAUUUAUAAAGACUGUUAUAGUCUUCAAUUAGUUUCCGCUAAGUAAAUAUAUCUGUAUUAACCGAUAUGCGUUCUUUCGCUCGACAUCGAAUCUCUUCUAAAUUUUUAGCCAUAGUUCACAACAAUGGCCCAAAAGUGUGCUUGAAACAUAUUGACAUAAACCAUUUCGCACUUUAUAUAAUUAUCACAAACCAUUAGAAUGAUACAAAGUAAUUAAAGUUUGCUUGCAAUGCAUAAUAUUACAAAAAUCGAUUACUUAAUUAUUAUAUUUUUGUUUUAUAACAGUUAAUUAAAAUUACCCUUAAUUAAUGUAAAUUAUAGUCUGCAGUCUGAUAUCCGAUUUAUAUGCUGACAAUUGAGAUUAGGAAGUCUACCAUUUUGCGAAAUUUCAAAGGAUUUACCUCUUUCUCUAACUUGAAUAUUGACAAGUUCAUACUUGUCGCUAUCAUUUCAGGGCCUAAAGCUUCUUGUCAGCUUCUUGUAAGCUUUUAAAAUCUUAUUCGCUGUCGAACAAGUACGUAGGUCGACAAAAAGGGUCAAAUAUGCAAAAAUAUUUGUGUAUUUCUGACCACUUUCCGUUCUUGUUCUUUUGCAUAACUUUGCCCCUUUCUGUCAGCCCAUAAUUGUAAUCAAAAUUAAAUAUUACGAAAGACUAGCGAAGCUGAUUUCGCAUUUCAGGUACAUUUUAUAAUUAAGACUGGGUAACACUAAACUUUGUGUAUGUGUGCGUGUCCCUAAUUUUAACGUUGUCUGCUGAUUGGCGGCGAUGUCCACAGAAGUCCACCAACGCAGGUUUAUUUUUUGUAUCUUGCUCACUACAGAUUACAUCAUAUCAUAACAUUUAAAUGAAAUCUAUGGCGUAUACAACGGUUAUCUUCAUUGAAACACAAGCAGUUAAGUAAGCAUGCUACGACGCUCUAUAAAUAAAGAAUUUCUUUUCACGUCCAGCAGACACCCUUGUCAUUCAGCAGACGGUGCCUUAGUCAACAUUAGUCGAGGUAUUUUAAGGACUUGGACUUAACCUAGUUAUAAUUAUUUCAUUAAUGAUAGAAUUAUUAAUUAUUUGGUACGUUGAACGGAUCAAAUAUUAGUUCCGUUAAUUUUUAAGAACUGUGAUAAAUUAAGAAAUUGUAACGAUACCUUCCAUCCACUUGUCAUAGGUAAAAAUAAUUUCGUCAAUCGAAGCAAAUGUCUUGAUCGAAUUUCAGAUGGGAUUAAUAAAUAAAACCUUCUAUACUCAGAGGGAUUUUGAUAUUAGCUACAAUCUGUAAUCAAAUAAAUAUCACAGUGUACUAAGUAUAACAAUCUGCCCCUUUAUGUAAAAUAUUGUGAAUUUGAUUAUGUUAUGGGUAUGGAAUUGUAAACCUACGUGUAUGUAUGACGUACACUACGGUUAAAGACAAACGAGUCUUAGACUCAUGCCACUUUGCGGCGUAACACAAAUACAUCCAUUUAUUGAUGUCAAACUUCCAAGCAGUAGGCCUCGUGUAGCGUGCGGUUAGCGCUGCAUAUUAUCAUAUCGUCGUCGUCGCCUUACUUUCUCAAACACUUAAAGCACAAAGUUACUGAAAUGCAGAAAAUUGAUUGUAUAUACAAAUUUUGCAGGCUGAUUUCACAUCACAUUUCCGUCAUAUUCACACACUG